AUGCAUGAUUCACAUCGCAUUGUCUCUCAGGUCAAGGACCAUGACCCUGUGAUAGACGGUCCUGCGCCUCAUUGCACGGAGUACGAGCACAUAUUCUUUCCUCGACUCAGCUGCCUAAGCAAAACCCAUUUGGAGGCAUGGAUUUUUGACGCGGUCGACCCGACGGUGGACAAUGUUGCCGCUACCAUGACAUUCUUCCGCGACGGGACGCAAGCGGUUUUAGGGAAAUGUCCAAUUCGCGUCACCUUUCGAGCCAGCUUGCAUGAUGGAAGCAAAGUAGCUGGUGAACUUUUCGCCAAAGAAAGCAUUGUCGAAGUCAAUACAGAGACUGGGAAAGUUGUAGGCAAAUGGAUAGGAGAGAAGAAAGAGGGCCAAAACGAUGCUCCGUCGGCCCAGUACGAAGUCCUGCUAGACACUUCAGAAGCAGUUGUUACGCUCAACCUACCCACUGUCCAAGGCACUUUGAAGCUUCGACAAAAGGGCAAGAAAGAUAUCGACACCUCCGCCGAGAGUCAGCUCAUGGGGCCGGGGUUAUCAUGGGUCCAUGCAAUUCCUCGUGCCAAAGCAGAAGUGGACUUUACAUUCUGUCAGGAAGACGGGCAGAAACGACUGCAGUUCAAUGGCUAUGGAGGCAACGACUAUUGUCGAUCUACCGAGUCAAUGCCUGACAUGAUGGAAGGGACCACGUAUGUCCGCGGCCACGCAGGCCCCUAUACAUUCGCCCUGUUCCGCCUCUUCAGUCGCCUCAAUCCGGGCAAGACAUAUACUAGGGCCACUUUGGUGAAGGACGAUGCAGUGCUCUGUGAAAUGGUCUCAGAUGAUAGUGUCUCUCUGACGGAAGAUUAUCUAGCCUUUCGCUCCACGUACAGCGGCAAAGUGAAGGGAAAUUAUUCUGACCAUACUUCUGGAUACAGAGUGGACUUUGUUUCCCCUGCUCGCAGCAAGCAUUGGUCCUUCGAACUCAAUCACCAGACCUUGUGGUGGAGCAUGCCGACAGCAGCACCUCCGGCGAAGACGGGAAACAAUGGUUUUAUUUCGGCAGUAGUUGGAGGUGAAUCCGGGGAGCCAGAGCACCAAGGGAUGGCUACCAUAGUAUAUAUUCAGAUGACAGCUCUUAAGUCUGACUAUAAAGGGAUCAGUAACCGGCAGUUGUAA